AUGAAUUCGUCUACCAAGAUCAACACUCAAGUUCUAGAAAAUCAUGUCAAGGAUGUCCUCUCCAGUGCCAAGUCGAAACUCACUGAUCUCAAUAAGGACAUUGACAAGCUUUCUAAAGAAAACGAUGAGCUCUAGAAGCAAGUAGACCAGUCUAAUACCUAGAAAUCAGAAUUGCAAGAGAAAAAUCGCAAUUUAACUGAAAACCUCAAAAAGUUAAAGGUACACAAUGAAGACUUGAACAGAUAAAAGCAGGAAUUAAGUUAGGAGUUGAAGCAAGUGAAGGAUGAGUUAUCUCAGCUGAUGGAUAGGGCAGAUCAGCAAAAGAAUUAGAUUAUGAAGGAGAUCAUGCAGUUGAAGGAAACUGAGAAGCAACUGAAUGACACUCGAGAGAAAGAGAGAAAAAACUAUGAGGAGGCUCACAAAAACAACAAGAAGAAAAUAGAGAUGCUGACUGAGAGUCUCAACAAAAAGGAGGCUGAGAUUACUGACCUCAAGAUGGCUUUGAUUGAACUUAAUGAGAAAGAGACUCAAAGGAUGAUGGAGCUGGAAAGGGAAGCUGAUUAGUUCAAGAAAAUCAUCAAUAAAAAGUAGUGA